AUGCCGCCCGAUAGACUAAGUCCACUGCUCCACCAGUUCGUGAGGUAUCUCCGCAAUCAUAGGCAUGGAAAGUUCCAAUCACAAUUUCAGACUCAUGCUCGACACAUCUCAGGUCAUCGUCCAGGUUGCCAAUUCCAAUUCCGUGGAAUUUCAAGCACGGCUCAGACUAUACCCGAGGUAACUACGACAGAAAACAUCUCUCCGGAAAAAAAUGUUGGGGACAUUUGUCCAGCAUCAACAACCUCAGGCAAUGAUCCAUCAAGGAAAGCGACAGCAAAGAAAAAUGUAGCAAUACUCUGGGAUCUAGACAAUAAAAGGCCUUACAUCCUCCCCGAGACUCUUGCUAACGCAAUCCGCUCUUUCGGUGCGAGCCGAGGGAAGAUCGUAGAGUAUUCAGCUAUGGCGAAUGUCGUUGCUUUUAGGGGGUUACCACUUGCCGCGAUCGAAUUGAAAAAGGAACGACAGGCAUUUAUGCAAGACGAAGCAAAGGGUUUAUACAAGCCGUCCGAGCCAUAUAGGUGUCCCGUGUGCGGAGCAAAGUCCCCCACAAUGGAAAAAAUGAAUAAGCAUUAUGACCAGCUUCAUGCUCGGGAACUGAAAAAGAAAUGGACUCAUAUUCGCACCACUAAAAGCAGCAAAAAAAGGACGACAUUGUUGAAAGAGAUUCAAAAACGCAGAACGGCUCACAUGAAGAUCAAGUUUCCCGAAAACGAGCACAAGGUCUUUCAAAGUUUGGAAAGGGCCGGCGUUCUGGUUCGAGUAGUCAAGCAAACACCUCAGGCAGCUGACGCGAUGCUCAAAGGUCGAUUCGGUACAGUCAUCCGGGAAAAUGAAAACGUCGUAUCCAUUAUCAUUUCAGACGACUCUGACUUUUGCGACAUGGUAAAAUCGGCAAGGAGACGCGGCGUGUACGUCAUCGUCAUAGGUGACUACCCAGAUAGCAGGUUAGCUCAGGUUGCUAACGAGUGGUUCUCGUGGCGGACUUUAAACAUGAACGUGGAUUUAACUGGGAAAGCUGAAAUCGUUUCCCCUGGAAGGAAAAAGAAAGGUCCGACUUACGUUGUUGACGAUGAUGUUAUGGAAGAGUUACUCGCUAUGGAGCCCGGUGACGGGUAUGGUGAGACGGGAGAUGAUGAGUGGCUAAAGGAUUUCUAA